AUGGCAGAAUUAACAAAGAAAAUUGAAAUUCGCUUCAAUGAAUCUUUAUCGAAGUUAAACGCUGAUUUUCGUCAAUUUCUAUUGAAUUGUCUCUUUGAAUAUCAUUAUGAUUACGAACAAUCUCAGUUCAAGGAAAUUUUGACCAUCAAUCGUUUGGAUCCAUUUCUCAAUGAUCUGCAGGCAACUCGAGAUGCCCUCGAUGCAUUUCGUGCAGCAUGGACUGGAAAUAAACAAUUGGUCGAAAUCUUUCUCGAAAAUUAUCCAACAUUCAAAGACAAACCGGGACCAUGGAGCACAACACUUCUUUAUUCAGCCGCAAGAAAUAAUCAAAUGGCCGUUGUGAAAUAUCUUCUCAGUGAAAUCCAUUGUUCCGUCAAUGCUCAGAAUCGACAACAUAUACAACGAGCUCUCCGAAUGGAUACAAUCACUGCAUCGGACUACAAAGUCGAUCCAAGUGCCGGUUCCAACGCUUUGCAUGGUGCGUGUUAUGGUGGUCAUUUAGAAAUCGUGAAAUAUCUCAUCGAUCAUGAUGCAAAUUGUUUCAUGCGAAACCAAGCCGAAGAAACACCGAUGAUGAACGCUAUCCGAUGGCCGCACAUCAUCCAAUACUUUCAAGAUUUACUCAAUCGGGGUUAUAUCGAAGAACAACAACAUUUGCCAGAAAGUCCAAUUACCGUAAUGGAUAAAAAGCAAAGAAAAGAUUGCAUCUGGGAAUUUUUAUCAUUCAGUUUUUAUGAAACUUGGCUUCCUUUUGAUACAUCCGAAGUGAAGCAGUUGAAUGAGUUAAUGACAGUCAAGGAUGGUAAACAAUUUCAAACAGAAUAUCAAUGGAACAUCUCUCAAACCAUUUCCAUGGUUCGAUUCCUCCAGUCCGGGGACACUAUUGCUUGGGUUCGAUGUCGUGGUUCGUCCAUUCUGAAUUUUGAUUGCUUUGCAUUAUGGCAAAUAUUUUAUCUCAAACAUCCCAAUGGUAAAUAUGAUGAAGACGAUCUCAUGCCAAUGAAAAUAUUAGAUCUUUCACUACUCGAUGAACGCGAACCAAAAAUUCAGCUGAAUACCUGGUACAAUUGUGAUGCUACCAGCAAUGAUCGACUCGAUGAAGCGAUGAAUAAUCGACGGAAACACACGACAUUCUCACUCGUCGAUCGUCCAGUUCAAUUCGAUCUGAUGAACUUCACAUUUACUAAUGAAGAUCAAAGCAUCUCAGGUUUUAUAAGAUGGAUUCCUAAAUUAGUAUCAAAUAAUGAUCAGAGUAAACAUCGCAUCGUUCCUAUAAAUAAUUUCCAAGCCUCAUCAAACGUUAACCCAGUACCAUUGACGACAGAACAUCGCAAAGAAGCCUCACAAUCGACAUCCAAUCAGCGAACAUUCGAUUCUGACGAUGAUGAAGUUCCAAUUGAUGUUGAUAUAGUGACAGAUGACAAACAACCUGAGACGACUGAGAAUUCCGAAGACGAAAGUGAAUUGUCUGAAGAUCCAAUUCCAUUACCACCUGAUGCUUUCGAUGACGGAAUCGAGGAUGAUCGAAUCAACCAAAAAACAUCGGAACAAUUAGCUCGUGCAGAAACAUCGACAUCAUCGGAAGGAUCAGACGAAUUGCGUCAAAAAAUAGCUGAAUUGGAAAAAGCUCUUCAGAUUGAACGCUCAAAAAUUCAAACACAAUGUGAUGCUAUGGAACAACAACAUGCAAUGAAACAAGAAGAAGCAGCACAAACCAUCCAGACAACAUUGGAAGAGAUCGAACGAUUGACAGCUGAACUGAAUCCAUUGAAACAGCGAAAAGAAACUGUACAAAAAAUGAAACAAAAAAUUCAAAUUACAGAAUAUGAUAAAAUUGCAAGAGAACGUCAACGACAUGAUCAGAUUUUAUGUUUUGUUAAUUCGGUGACGGAAGUUACUCAAUGCUGUCGCAUACUAGAACAAUUGACUCAAGGGACAAUCAAAGGAUAUCCGCUGAUUCAAGCUCAAUCAGCUCCAGUACAACGAUCGUACAUUGAACAUGGUAGUGUCUUUUUUUCCACCACAGUAGCUGAAACAUCGUUGACUUUUCCUUCAUUGAAAUACGUCGUUGAUACCGGGAUGAUCAACGUACCCGUCUAUGAUCCUCAAACGAAACGAACCGUUAUGAGACAAGUUCGAGCUGCUGAAUCGACCAUUAAACAACGUCUUGGACGAUUGGGACGAACUCAAGAUGGAGAAUAUUAUGCUUUGUAUGACUUUCGAGUUGAAGAUCAACGCUUCCCAACACCACAAAUUUGUCAACUAGACCUGACUAAUCUGGAAUUUAUUCUGAGACGAUCGCUGAUUCGACGCGGAUUGCAUUACAUGCAACAAUUUUUACCUGAUAAACCAAAACCAGCUGCUCUUGACGCAACUGUGGAAGAACUCUUCCGACUCAGUUCGUAG